UUGAGUAUAACCUACAGACACAAUGGCAGUCAGCAAGCUCGUCAAAUACCUUCUCUUCAACUUCAACCUUUUGUUUUUCCUGGGAGGAAUUGGUAUUCUCAGUUUCUCUGCAUUUGUCAGGAUCAACAAAGCAGACUUCCAGAUCACAGAUGAGCUUCUCCCAGCCGUAAACCUCCUGAUUUUUGUUGGUGCCAUGACAAUGGCUUUUGGCUUCCUGGGCUGCUGUGGAGCUCUUCAAGAGAGCUGCUGCCUGCUAGCCAUUUUCUUCAAGGGCCUGCUGGUAAUGUUCCUCAUGCUGUUGUCUGUGGGAGUGUUGGGAGCCAUAUCGAGAACUGCAUCUUCCCAGGAGAUUGUGAAGAAACGCAUGAAAGAUCUGCUACCGCUCAGCAAACAGCCUGAAGAUUUUCAGCUUGCCUUUCAGGAUGUGGAAAGGACCAGUUUCUGUUGCGGUUUCUUCGUUGGGCAUCUUGAUUGGGGAAACGCCACAGUGGUGCCAGACUCCUGUAACUGCACAGACACCUCCAGAAACUGCACUGUUUUGGAAGCACGUGAGAUCUUUGCGACACCGUGUAUGACGUACAUUUUGACGUGGUUGGACAGAUUAUCAGAAACCCUCAUGGGCAUUGCGCUUGGAUUUGGCAUUUUGAUGAUCCUGGGCAUGAUUUUCUCAUUAGUCCUGCUCUGACACAAAAGUUUAAUUUUAAAAUGUUCAUCACAAGGCCUGAACUUUACCUGUGUUUAUCAAAGGACAAGGCAUCAUGUUCAUGUUGAAUGUUUCUUUAUUGGGCUCUGCCUCAUUGUACUUUUUUUUUUACUGUUGUAUUGCUUA